GUGGAGCGACGCAGAGCAGUCGGCCUGCCCACGUUGUGUGUGUGUGAGUGUGUGUGUGUGUGUCUGAGGGCAGGCAGGCGAACAGGAGCAGCGAUGAGAAACACCCCGGAGGGGAACAGGACACACAGUCAGUUCUCGGAGCAGACAAUGGCUGCAUCACGACCCCUGGAUGAUGCGUGGCCGGUUACCCCAGAGAGCCCCCUGCCAGCCGCCGGGGGCCCAGUGACCCGGUCCUGCUGAGUUCAGCGCGAGACGGGUGACGGCAGACUGCCGAGGACCGGCCAUGUGGCCAUCCAGGGGGGACUCCGGGCUCCGGUGGCUCAAGCCGAAGUUCAGCCGGAGGAGCACCCUGCUCAUCGUCCUCUUCUGGUUCGGGAUGUGGGUGUUUCUCAAUGGCCUGCUCUUCGUGCACAGGACCAUGAUCUCAGACUUCUGUACUGAUGACAAGAGUAAGAAGAUCAUACAAAGACUGUGCGACCAGUACAGACGGGGCGUCCUCACCGGGGACCUCUGUGAGGACCUGUGCGUGAGCCGGCGGCUGCAGUACAAGCGAUGCCUUUACUACGAGAAUGGCAAGAAGGUGCUGCAGGCUGACUGGAAGGGCGUGCCUGUGGUGCUCAAGUCCAAGCUUGAGAACUUCUCAUCCUACGAGAGCCUCGGCCUGCUGGAGUACCAGGAUACCCUCGAGCUGUCUGCUAUGGAUGUAGUUCUUUAUGCCACACUGGAGAUGAAGAGCUCACUGGGCCUGGAGGUGAGGAACACCACGGUGCCCCGGCUCUGGGGACGAGGGCUGCGGCGUCGGCACCAGGGGGGACUUUCACGGGCAGAGCUGGCAUCACUCUGGUCCCUCUUGCAGCAGGAGGAAUACACCUUCUUCCGGGUGCUUCAGGACCUCAGCCAACAUGUGGCCAAGGUUCUGGGCUCCUGUGGACACUUCUAUGCUGUUGAGUACCUGGUUGCCGGCCAAGCCUGGAGCCAGCACCUUUUUGCUUUGGAGGAGCUGCUGGGGCUGUCCACCAGAGACAAGGAGACAGGGCGAAGCCAAGGCGGCCUAGUGAGGGACAUAGUGCUUCAGAUUGCCCUCAGCUUCCUCGACAUGGUCCAAUGCUUUGACGGUGACUUUGCACACCGUCUCCAUCUCUGUGACAUCAAGCCAGAGAACUUUGCUGUCAGGAAGGACCUCACGGUGGUUGCAAUCGAUGUGGACAUGGCUUUCUUUGAGCCAAAAAUGAGAGCCAUCCUAGAGCAGAACUGCACGACCGACGAGGACUGCAACUUCUUCGACUGCGUUUCAAGGUGCGACGUGAAGAGGAACAAAUGUGGGUGGAAACGUGUGAAUAGCAACCUUCAGGUGAUCUGUGAUAAGAUCUUCAGACAUUGGUUCUCCCCGACUCUGCUGGGUACCAGGGCAGGGCACCCCCUAGAGGUGGAGCUGCAGCGUGCUGUGCAGGAGUGUGCCGAGGUGGCGGGCGGCGAGAGAACGGAUCGCGGCCGGGUCGUCCAGGAUCGUCUUCUACACCUUCUUACCCAACUUUUGCAGGACGGAGGGGGGCGGAGCAGGAGGGCAGAGCAGGGGGGCGGGUGAAGGGUGAGGACAAGAGGGGCAGGAAAACAAAGAGUGGCGCUACAGCUAUCCUUUUUAUAUUCAAGGCUGAACUUGGGACAGUGAUGGCAGAUGGGUAAUAAGCUCUGUAAAGUGAUCAUGAAGAUCAUAAUAGAGUCUGUGUUAAGUGGUCAGUGCUCCACAGAUAACACAAGCAGUGGCUGCAGGAACAGAUUAAAAUAUCUGUCCAACUCAAUGAAAUAUUGUUCAAAAAAGAAUUUUAACGAUGAAUCGAGAAAAGCGGGAAAUCGCUUUUAUUUAAAAUGUCAUAUCUUGUUGUGCCAAGAAAUUUUUAUGAUGAUGAA